AUGUCAAGUUUAGAUUCAUCAUCAUCCUUGAUGAGGCAGCUGAGUAGGAAGCAGGGGUGGAAAUCAAGAUCCAAGAGGUGGGGUGUGAAGCAAAUGGAGGGUGGUGGUGGGUACAGUUUGUAUGGUGGUGGGGUUGUGGUGGUGAAGAAGAAGAGGGUAAUGGUGGUUGUUGAACAGAGCACAGAGUCAAAGCAUGCUAUGAUGUGGGCAUUAACACAUGUCACCAACAAAGGGGAUAUACUCACUCUCCUUCACAUUCUGCCUCCAAAUGCUGCUGCUGCUGCUCACCCUUCUUCUUCUUCUUGUGCAAGCCCUCAUCUUGCCACUACACUUGCCUCACUCUGCAAAGCAUCCAAGCCUGAGAGAUGUUGUAGCUGCCAUUUUGAAGUUGAAUAG